UGAAUCUUCUAGCAAUAAUCCAAAGUGUUUAUGUGAAGAUUCAUAUAUGUUUUUUGAAAUCAUAUCGGUCUUAGUCUGUCUUUUCCUUAUUACUCUCAUGGUUCAUUUUGCCUUGGUACUUGCCGCUUAUGCUGCAAGGAGCAGGACUAAAGAAAAUUCUAUAACAAAUGAAAUUUCAGAUAGCAAUAUUACUUCAACAUAUGAAACUUCAACAUACGUU